ACUCAAGUCACUCAACACCCAAACGCCAUUUGUCAGACAAAUAACGGUAUCGAACGGUGAUGCAAAGACGAAGGUCCAAUUCUAGCGCCGGUUGUUCAUGGUGAAGCUGGAAUCCACUUCGCACAACAUAUCCCGCCAAAAAAAACAAACAGGUACAUCCUACACAUAGCCAUUACGCUGCCAAGUGAACGUACUGCGGGAACGUAUUUGUAUGCCUCGGCUUGCAUAGGACAGUGCUUGCCGGCGGACGUGGUAUACAUAUCGGGGCGGAAGCAGGUUAGUUCGGCCGACAGCUCGUCCCUCACGCGGAAACGGAAAAAAAGAGGAACACGCUGGAGAUCGCCGACCCAGCCUUCACAUGGGGUUCCUGUGACAAGGGGCACAUGUCGCGAAGAUUAUACCUGGAGCUGGCCAAAGCCUUCCGAACCGUCAACUUUCCCUCCGCCGCACCAACGACGCCAGAGUUUGUGAAGUCGUCGAUUCCCCGUUUACGUCGCAAUUUCAGUACGACCUUGUCAACAACGCAAGACAACGUUCCAAUAAAUCCGCGGAGAAGACAGAGGAGGCCAUAUGUGUGCUCGGACUGUCAGGCGGCGGCAGCGAAUAAGACGGAAGCGCGGCGCGUUCGGAGAGAUCCGCUGCCUACCUUGACAUCUCGGAGAAACUACUCGCAGCAACCGUCUUCAGAGUAUGUCGCCGUUCCGGAUUCGAAUGACGCCUUUACUAGGCAGGAUACGAACGACCUGGUUCCAGCACAUUACGAGAAUGCAGGUCCCGCCCCAUCCGAGCCACCUCCAUCGUCAGAUCUUCGAGACCCAAACCUAGCUACAAGUGUUGUUGCGGAAGCUGACGAACCAGCAUAUAUUGCGCCGGAAGGCGAGGCGCCAGCAGUUAGCGAAGGAUGGCGGCAGUUUAUUGAGAUAUGCAGAUGGUGGGAGACGCCCGUACCAGAGAACGUGCCAGAGAACGCGACGGUGGAUGAAGGAAACCAGAUCAUUAAACAGCUACCGAUGGAAAAUCUCUCGGGAAUCUUCGAAGUCCUCGCCGACCAUCUGAGCAAAGGCCGGUCUGCGAACAAGCUCCGUACGGUAGCGGUCUUCUUGAAACAGAACGGUGUGACUUUGGAGCCUGCACAGUUGCAGGCAUUGGUCCUCGCCCAACGCGUUUUGCGGAAUUGGACGGAGACGAUCGAGGCUUUUGGCGAGUUGCGGGGGAAUGUCGACGCCACACAUCACUGGACCGCACCUCAAGUUGCUGUUUCCGCUAUGGUAGCACACAUUCGAUUGAGGAACAGCCAGCAGGCCCUGAAACUUUUGAUGGAUGCGUUGGCAUGGGGCACCCUCCUGGACGUGUCUGCCUUCCGAUCAUUGCUGAGCGCGGCGAUCAGCGUAUCCGACAAUAACCUGAUCGCCAAGCUGUUCGAUGAGAUGGUGCAACGGGAGGUUCCAUUGGACAACAGGUGCAUUGCCAUAUUCGAUCUUACGUUACGCGAUGAUAAGGAGAGGUGGACAAAGUUGCACAUAGUCGCGCAAGGACGGGGCCAGCAAAACUUCGAACAGGAUGGAGCUUUCCAGGAAGCGACGGUUGUGACGGCUAGUCGGCUUGGACAUUUGGAUCUGGCCUUCGAGCAUCUCCAAAACCUGAAAUCCAUAACAGCUCAUCGCGACGCGGAACUAGUCGCAGCCUAUACGGCGUUGAUUAGCGCGUGUUUACGCCAGGACACGGCAGGGAGCACCCCCGCAGGCACGGCGGAAGAUCUAUACCAGGAGAUGAAACAGCUGGGUGUUAAGCCCUCCGUCCGAACAAUGACCGUGCUGAUGCACGGAUUCUACCAACGCAAAGCUCUCCACAAAGUGCUCAAAUACUUCGAAGAAAUGAUCGAACUGGAACUCGAGCCCGAUAUGUCCGUUUACAACAUCAUACUUCGAACCUGCGUACUAGCAGGAAAUAUCCGCAAGAUGGAGGCAUUCUACGCAAAACUGUGCGAAACCAAGUUCACACCGACACUGCCAGUGCUUACCAGCCUCAUGGCUGGCUACGCUUGCCAUCACAUGCCGGAAUCCGCCGUCGCGAUUUUCGAAAAGCAACUACCGAAAUUGGGCCUGAAGCCCGACAUUCAUUGCUUCAAUGUCAUCAUUUUCGCGUACGGUUUAAGAGGCGACGUGACAAAUUGCAUCACCUGGUGGAACAGGAUGCUAGGUGGAGGGUAUACCCCGGAUAAAGUAAGCUAUACGAGUUUCCUGCGUGCCCUCUCGAGGAGCGGCAACUCGGAUGUUGAGGGCCUGUAUCAGCGUGUCUUUCCCUCGGAAGUUGAUCCGGACAGCACGGCGUACGGUCUGCUUAUAAGCGAUCGCAUCAGAAAAGGCGAAUUGACCGCUGCACAUCAGUUCUUGGAGGAGCUGCUCUCGAGCGGGAUGAAGGUCACUGGGGCGUCGGCCGCCGAGUUGAUGAAGGCGUAUGAGCAUCGCGGUGAGGCAUACAACGCGGGCCAGGUUCUCAAAAGCUUCGUGGAGCGAGGUGGUAUCAUGGAUGCCAACAUGUACUCCGCCAUGAUGAUCAUGAUGAAUCCGCGAGAGCGGCCAGACGAGGUGCUCAAGACUUGGGACGAGAUGAAGGAGAAUGGAAUCGAGCCUAACCGAGCCACGUUCCGAUCGGUCAUACAUGCCUACGCCGCCAAAUCGGACGUGCCGGCCAUAUGGGCUACGUUUGGGGACAUGCAAUUGCGGCUCGUCAGCGUCCAUCGGAGGGAUUGGGACCUGGUGCUUUGCCGGCUACUCGAUAUCUGCUACAAGGACUCAGCGGCCUUCCCCUACCUCGUCAAUGCCUACCAAUUGAUGACGGACGAAGGAGAAUUCCCAAGCGACCUGGUGUAUCGCCGCUUCCUGAUCGCCGCGGUCCGGGAGAAGGACAAUUCCAUAUGCUUAAGGUUGAUCCGAGACUGCAUCGAUUUCGGGUUCGGGCUCAAGUCCCAGCCGCAGACGCGGAAACUGGCGUACGCUUUCGCUGUCGAUACCAAGGACCGUGAGCUGCUCAUGGAUCUCAUUGAUGUGACGAUCGGGCUCGGCAAAAUCGAGGAGGCUACGCCGGCGGUCAAUCUCUUUCUCCGGGACCGGGAUGCGGCUGGGUUGGUUCAUUGUUGGUAUAAGUUGGACCAGGGUCAUGUCGCACAGCCUGAAACGUCGACGCGGCUCGUGCAACAUUAUAAACAGGCUGCGUCAGAUGCCAUGACGGUUUGGGAUGGGGGCGUGGCAGCCACGGGAAAUGAAGCGCUGUGGGGGGCGUAUUUUACCGUGUGUGCUGCACACGGGUUCCGGGACGAGGCCCUGCAUGCCUUCAAGGUUUUGCAAGAUUUGCAGAAUAUUCCUCUCCUCGUCGAGGCCUGGGACAACGCCGCCGCCCGCCAACCUCGGCCGGCGACCGACUUUGAGAGAAGCACAGGGGCGCUCGCACCCAACAAAGAUACCACCUCCUUGGUCACCGAACUUGCCGCCCAACUCCUCGACUACGUCUGCUCCCAACGCAACUCGCCCACUACCGGCCGCAACCUCUGGCGCCGCAUGACCCGUCUCCGCCGGUAUCCUUCCAUCCAGCGCCCGCUCCCUGCCGACAUUGUGGUUGCGUAUAUUCGCGGUCUGGCCCUGUGGGGCGAUGACGUGGAUGAGUUUAUGCACCUCGCCACCAGUUUUUUGGGCGACGAGCCGGGUGCCGUGCAGGAUCUGCCUAGGGUGGUGAAGGAGGUGCGGGAGCUGGUGGAUUGGAAGUUUCCGGAGAUUAGGCCUGAGGUGGAGAAAUUUUGGAGUGAGAGGUUCGACAAGUUGCAGGGAUAGAUUCUCGUGUUUCUCUGUGCUUUUGUACUUGAUGGUAAUGGCUUGUCCAAGCACCUGCACAUAAUCUAAUGAUAAGAGCCGCCCAAUUAUGGAAAGGAA